AUGCGCAGUCAGAUUACCGUGGAGUCCCAACGUUACGGGAGUCCUUUCGUCACCGUACUUUUUACCGGCUUUCCAAUGGGUGUGAAAGGACUGAAACAAUACGUUGAAGAUCAUCAAGAGGUCCUCACCGAAAAGAAAACUUUCAGGACCCCUUCCCGUGUGGCAGAGAAGAAAGUUCUAGUUGUGGAUGGACUUUCCUGCUUGCGAGUGUUCUACAAUCCUCGUCUCGACUGGUUAUGUGGUGGUCAAUGGACGGAGCUGCGUGAUGAGCUGCAUAGCUUUGUUAGACGUUUUACCAAUUCUGGUUUCCAGUUGGUUGUCAUUUUCGAUGGAGUUGUGGAACGCGGCAAACGCAGCGUGUGGGUUCAUCGCCGCAAACAAGACAUGAGGACUAUACGCCACGUGUUUGAACACGUGAAGACAACGGGACAUCAACCAAAGAGAAAUAUGCUCUGUCUUCCAGCUGCUCUGAGUACGUUUGUGAAAAUGACGUUAAAGAGUACUGGGGUGGACGUUAUCAAUUCUCUUGGCGAAGCAGACAAAGAAAUUGCUCAAUACUGCUUGGCUAAGAAAUGUUUUGGCGUUUUAGGUGAAGACUCUGAUUAUCUAAUUUACCCAGUUCAAAACUAUUUUACUACUAAAGAUAUUCAUGUUGGUGAAAAAAGGGUUGAUAUGAUUCGUUAUGAUCGAGAUAAGUUUUGUGCCCUACUUGGAAUUUUGCCAUCACGUUUGCCUGUUCUUGCUGGUCUCUGUGGAAAUGAUCAACUUGAUGCCAAUCGACUAGUUGGUUUUCAUCGAAGAAUAACUGGAGCAGUUGGAUGUGAAAAGCCUGUGUAUCGUGAAAUUGUGCCUAGAGUUGCACAGUUUAUUUGCAGCUUUUCGGAGUCUGUUUCUGCAGAGCAAAUUGCAGUUCGUGCAUUUGGAUCUGCACAUGAUUCUCGAUUACAUUUGUUUAGAAAUGUAUUGGCAGCUUAUGAUCUUACUAUGAGUGUUGACACAUACCUCACAAGUAGGGACUCAGAGUCAGUAUCGGAGAGUUCUGCCUCAAAAGGUAUUCGACAUGAAACUAUUAAACAGGAAGAUGUGGUCGAUAGUGUGGAUGGAAAUGUUGACCGUCCAUGGGUUCAUGUGGAUGAUGCUCUGUUCAUGGAUGAAAAUGACAGUGGCCAUUCGGGAGAAGAUAGCAAUGAUAGUGAUGAUAGUGAUGUAGAAAUAAAUGGUGAUGACAUAGCAGGUAAUGGUGAUGUAGAUGAUCUAAUGUCUAAUGAACAUGAUGAGGUCAGUACUGUUUCUGCUAGUGUGACUGAUUGUAAAGUAUCAUCAGAGACAGUCUCUACUAAUCAGCCGUUAAUUUCUCGUUUGGUUAUGAAAAAAGCAAGAAAAAGGCACUUGAAUGCUGAAAUUAUUCAUCUUGUGUAUCAAGUGAUGUGUGUAGCAGAGAUUGACAUGGGUUGCACCCUAGAGGAUCCGACCAACAGCGAAAAGAUACCACCAGCAACCAUUCUAUUUCAACCAAUCAGAGAACGCUUAUAUGGAAUCUUACUAGGAUUUAAGACAACAGAACACACAGAAGUGAAGAAAAUCACUAAUGUUGAUCUAGUUGUUGGUCAGAAUGCUGUUAAAGAAUGGUGUGUCCACAGAGGAAAGAUGUCAAGUGAACCUGAUAUUGUUCCUGCUUGUCCAGUUCCCAAGGGUUUUGCCUCUUUGGACGAACUAUGGGACGAACAUGACAUAAAUCAUGACAAUCAGAUGAAAGCAUUCGGUUAUUGUCUUGGCUGGUCAGACAUGCCUUAUCAAAUAAUCCAUGUUCACAGACGUUUACUCUGUGGUGUUUUGCACUUUAUGAUCAAUCAAGAUAAACUAAAAUUGAAGGAAUGGGAGCUGGAUGCAUUCCUAGUCCAAGGAACAGAUAGGAUGUUGGAUAACAGUGGCCGGCUUCACCGAGUGAAAAUUCAAAGUCCAGAUUGUCGAGCGAUAGAGUUGGCUGCUGUGUUUAUGAGAGGAGUUUAUAUGACUGUGUUUGCAUAUAACGCAUGUGGUAUGAAGUGUGAUGACAAAAUCAGUCCAUGGGUGUGUUUUAAUGGCAAACUUUUUCAUCAGAAGUACCUGGAUGCAAAGAAGGGAAAGUCGAUGAAACAUUUAUGUUCAUCACAGGAACAUGUUUCUGAAGUCUGUCAUCUUAAGUCGAUAAUCAUGGAGGUUACAGUUGCUUCUAAAUAUCCUGAAUCCAGAGUAGCUGCUGUUGCAUCAGCCAUAUGUACAGAUGGUGGUAUGCAAUCAGGUGACAAUGUGACACGUGUGGGUAAAGCGUCCCAAUCUGGUUCCUCUCAAGAAUAUCUACAUUAUGUUCGUGAUGACUGUGUGCAUGUCGAACCACCAGGACCACCAUUAGUUGCGCCAACUGGGUUGACUGCAGAAGCUCACACCUACCUAACGUGCACACCAGAACAGCAACCAUCAUUCAGACCAUUACUGCCAUUGCAUCAACCCACAUCUCCUCUGUGUUUGCAUCCAUGGAUUUCAGCCCAUCCAUCAUACGGUCAACCUGUACCUGGUUAUUAUUCUCCCUGGUAUCAUGUUUAUGGCUAUCGACCCUACAUGUCUCACGUGCAGUGGCCACAGUGGCAACCAGAAGAUGAGACAUAUCCCUACGUUUACGCACAAGGCCAGUCUUACUUACAAUACUACUAAAAUAUUUGAUUGCUAAUAGUUUGAUUGUAUACACUGUGUAUGUAAAUGUUUAUAGUCAGAAUUCUUUUUUAGUUAGUUUAAUUUCUAGCACAGACAUUAUUGGAUUCUUGAGCAACUUUCUAUGCCCUGCAGUGCCUAUUGAAUGUUUAGACUGUUUUGAGUUGUUGUAAAUAAUCAUGUGAUAUGGUGAUAUCUCUUGUUCAGAGCCAUCUAAUUCAACACUGUUUAUUUACAAAGACUUUACCAAUUAUUUAAUUAGUUGAUUCAUGGACUGAAACUGAAUACAAUAUGUCAAAGAUUUCAUAUUAUAAGUGGCCUUUGUUUCCCACUGCUACAUUAAGUCUGUGAUGGCUGUGUUUUACCAAUGUUGACAAGAUGGAUGAUCAUUGUAGAAACAGAACUGGCAGAACAAAUGCCUGCUUAUAGAGCUGUCAAUGUUGGGCAUAUAGUGAGCAGUCACACACUACAUGACAUUUCAUUGUCACUGACGCAUUCUUGAAAUAAUCAGACAGUGAGUGGUACAGCAUUUGGCAGCUACAGGACAUAAAGAUGCAUCUGGUAAGAAGUUGUGGAGAUGAUAAAUUCUGUGUAAUAGCACAGACAGACAGACAACUGGGGGAAGCGCGGCAAUGAGAAGGGAGCAAAUCAAGGAAAACAAGUACGCCCAGGAACGACUACCUGGUGGAUAUUCUCCAACAGUCGUGCCUCUUGUAUUUGAACAUUUCGACCGUUGGGGGGAGAAAGCGUCUGAGUACUUAAGGGUCCUCUCUGCUUUGUGGAGGGAUGACAAUGGAUGAUCUAACAUUGCUGAGUUCAAAACACACUGGAGAUGACGAUUUUUGAUCAAACUGCAGCAAUGCAAUUCAAGUGUGAUCUCUAGGAAGAUGGCAGUAAUUUCAGCUGGACAAAAAUCUUGCAGUGUCCUUGACGAAUAUCAAUUUGUUUUAAACUAAGUGGUUAAAUGUAUUCUGACCCCCCUAUGGGGUCAUCUGUUGUAGCCUUAAGUGUUUGUUGUUGAUUUAGAGGAACUUUACUUAAAGACUAGCUUUUAAGCUCUUGAUGGAAAUUUCUUUGGAUUUGAAAUAUAUGUAUUUGACAGAC